ACCAGCCCCCAGCCUCCGCAGCCCUCUGCGCCCCUCUGCAACCUGGCGUUCAGCCCUACAACUUCUGAAUUUUUCUCGUGUCCUUGUCCUGGCUUGUGGCCGGGACCCCACCUGCUCCUGCACAGAAGGGCCUCAACAAGUCCCACUCACGGGUCAGCAGGGCCCAAUGGAGGAAUCCAACUGGGUGGCCAGCGCCCGGAACAAGCAGAGUCUUGGCCCAGAGCAGGCGCAUGUAAACAUGAGUGGCUGCGGCCUGGAGUGGGGUGCAGCCCCCCCGCCGCCCCAGCCCACAGGCCUGCAGCCGACUCACCAUCCCCCCACUGUGGAGGGAGAGCAAGACUGGGUCCUUUCCUCCAGGACCCCCUGGGUCCCCGGGGGUCCAAGAGGCCUGGCCCCACCAGGCGGGCUCCAGAGUCCAGACCAGACCCAUUCCCACUGCCGGGCGGGCUCAGAACCCUAAGGCACCCUCCACAGAGCAGGACAGGGCAGGGCCCGUGGCCCUGCUGCUGCUUCAGGCUCGGGCUCAGACAGAGCUCCACCUCCGAGGCCCCCCACCCUCACUGCUCAGUGCCCCUGGUCCCAGCACCUGCCUCUCCUGCGUCACACCUGCCCGAGAGCCGUCGUGGCAGCCUGACAGGGGCAGGAGUCCUAGUGCCAGACUGACGGCAGGGGGCUCCCCCCGCCCCCGUGUCCUGGCCCUUCACCUCUCGGAAUCGUUGGAGUUUGAGAGAAAAGACUGCCAGCAACGCUGCAGCGGGGGGACACACUCCUGAGAUUGGAGGAAAAUGAGGCCCCAUCUUGAGGAAACACCCUUGAACUCCACCCCCGACCUGAAGACCGCAGGCCAUGUUCAACUGGGCGGUCUGCUCCUCCCUCCCUCCCCCCUGACGCUGUCCACAGGCCCUGGGCUCAGGUGUCCCCUGAGCCGCCAGACCGGCCUCAGGGCCCCAGAGGAAGGCAGGAGAGGGAGGGCACUGGACCCUUCCUGGCCAGGCUGCCCACUCACCUCCCCUCCUUGGGGUCCCCCCAUCACGGCCGCUCCACCUCCGGGAGCGUCUCUCUGGGGGUCUGGGUCCCCGACCCUCAUCCGCUGUUUCUUCCUGGACUCGCGCCCUCCGUCUUCCUGCAGGCUGGUCCCUCGUAAAGGGGCAGUUGGAUGACCCCAGCUCUGCCCCAGCCCCCGAGGGACCCCGCAGGCCUGGACUGCCGAUAGCCACCUGGGGAUCAGCCAGCGUGGGCAGGGGCCAGGGGCCGGCUUCUGUCCUCGGGCCCAUCACGGUGCCCUAGCUGGACUCCUGCCUGCCGGGCGCUCACCCAGGAGUCACCGGCUGAGGUGACACAGGGGACGGGACUUUGCUGUAAGACCAGGCGGCCUCGGUCCUCAUGGGGCAGGCAGCCUGGGCAUCUCUGCACUAGACUCCCUAGUUCAAUAUACAGUUGAACUUUUCCAUAAAACAAGUUUAUAAAAAUGGAGAGGUGGUGUGCGGUGGGGAAGGGUCUGCAGCGGGUGGGCGGUGAGCUGGCCCCUCAGCCCCAGGACGUGGGCGCAGGGCUGGCUGCCUGGGUGCGGCUCUUUGGCGUGAGACGCCGUCCACUCGAGACUUGUCCUGUGUGAAGCUCACCCUGCUGCCACCGCAGGCCCUCGGAUGUGACCCGUGACUCAUCUCCGCACACUGACCACCGGCCUAUCAGAUGGGGACUGCCGUGGAAGUGGUUGCGGGGCAGGGAGAGCCAAGGCCCCGACCCGACCCGCGGGGGUGGAGGGCAGGGGACAGGCACACAGCCCCAGCGGCUCUGCCACCCGCUUCCUCGUGUGAGAAGCGCUGGGCGCCAGGGACCCCGCCUCCCGCCUUCCCCCACUGGGCUGGCGGCAGGGACCCCCUGGGCCACCAGGGGCUCCCCCCUGAGCAGCCCCUGCAGCAGCCGCCUCCGUCAUUCCAGGAAGCGCUCUGUGGCCCCGAGACCUGCCUGCUCACCCACCCGCCCCCUACCUCCUGCCCCCCAUGCCCCAUGGUGUCCCUCGCUCAGCACCUGUGGCUGAGUGGGGAGGGGGCUGGUGGGAGCGCCCAGCAGCCCACCCUCGGGGCCCGGAUGUGGCCGGGGCGGGGGACAGGCCCCCUGCUGUCCCCACACAGGCUCCUGUUCCCCCUCCAGGGAUGGAGUUGGGGGGACACAGCCGGGCCCAGGGGAGUAGCGGGCUUGGAAACGCUGAGGAGGAUCCUGCAGCCACGCUGCCUGCCCGCCCGCGGCCUCUGGCUCGUGCUGCCCCCGGGCCCUCCUGCCAGUGAGCCCUCGAGGGACGGGUGCCGAGGGGCCCAGGGACGACCGCUCUGUUUCCAGAAAGGAACCAGCACACCCAGGAAGCGGAGCCCGGAGUCCUCUGGUGAGACGACCAGCACACCAGACGCCCUCCAGGCUCUGGACCCCUGCUCCAUCUAUGACCGCCGCUCAGCCCAGGGGCCCGGUGGCCAAAGGGCACACGUCCAGGGCGCGCACUCGCACUCCGGUGCCCGGGGCGGGCAGCCCUGCUAUCCGGCCGUCACGGUGCCCCUGCGCUCUCACCACACGCUUCCCCGAAGCCCUCCCAGACCCCUCGUGCUCCCAGACAGACCCCCUCAGCCCCACUGUCCUCUGCAGCCCCUUCCACAGCCCCUCACCCUGGGACCCCAGGGUGCCCGCAGAGGCCGAGCCAGGCGUGUCCAGUCCUUUCCCAGCUGGGGGGCCUGCGCCAGGGAGAGACACCACACAGGGCAGCGAGGGAGGCUGGGGCCCCUGAGGCGUUGUGAGGCUCUGCUGGCCUGGCCCGGCUGCCCCCAGGGUCACCUCUGGGUCCCCCUUGGGGAGUAGUCGGGCCUGAGAGGUGGACCUGUCGUCCUGGCCCACAGAGUCAGACCCACAGGCCGGGCAGGGGGCCCCGGGCUCCCCAGCGCCUGGUCCUGACACCCCACCCUGACAACACUAGCAUUACUCAGGGACCAGGGCCAGGGGCAGCUCCCCUCCUACAAACCCACCUCAGACGCCACAGGCAGGCAGAGCCCAGGGCAGGGACGUGUGAGCACCACCCUGCCUCCCUGGUCUGGCUGGGCUGGGGGCAGGGGUGCCCGGCGGCUCAUGGGGCCUCCUCCAGGGUGGCUGCCAAGCUGCCCGCUCUGCCUCCUGCUUUGAGCCCUGGGACCUCCCCCCACCGUCCCCCACAGCGGUGAGGAGCUGAUACAGCUGGCCGCAGGUUCCUGCCUCCCCGAGGGCCUCCUUCCCCUUUCUCUGCCCAGGGUUUGUCUGCCUGGAAGGACCACUGCCCCACACCAGCCCCCCUCCUGGGGACACCGCCUCCCUGCAGCCUUUGGCCACCAGCGCCCGCCUGGUCUCAGGCCUCCCUUCCUAGCAGAGAUGUCCAUCUGGGCCCGCCCCGUCCAGGCAGCCCCUGCCCACUCUCUGCCCCCCUUCCUCUCCAGGCACCCACUCCCUGCAGGGGCCCCUGCAGCCUGACAGCGGCUCCCAGGCCCUGCUUCCCGGUGGUGACCUCAGGCUGGGGCGUCUGGUGGGCAGAGAGCAGGCGUGUGCCCCAGGCCCAUCAUCCUCGCAUUGAAGUCAGCACCCAGCUUCAGAGCACCCCGGGGCUCUGUCUCUCCAAGAGGGGGUCCUCCGCCCCCUGCUGCCCCCAAGGGCAGGUGGCCUCCAGCUCAGGCUCCUACAAGCUAGUCUGUCUGGGGGGAGCCCAACGUGAUCUGCACCCCAGCGAUGCUGAGGCAGGAGGCCCUCUGGAGGGUGGGCAAGAUGCCAGCUGAUAGAGUGACGGCCAGAUGGUUCACAAAGAAGGAGACGUAAAAGGCUCGAAAGGGGGCCCUCAGUGUACAGGGCAUGGCAGCCCCACUCUCCCGUUAGAUGGGCCAAAGCCAAGUCUGACAACCCUCUGUGGGGGUGGGACACCCUCACACACUCUCCUCUGACAUCCAACCUCCCGGAUGGUCACUGGAAAGCAACCAGCUGGGCCCUUUGAACCCGUUAUCCCACCUCUGGGAAUCUCCUCCAUGGAUGGACGGCGGAACUAGGGAGAAGGUGUUGGAGAGGCUGACCCUGCGGGCCUGUGGGUCAACGACAGCCUGGACCCCGCUCAGACAUCUGUCAUGGGCUCUGGUGGCGUGGAGUCUGUCCCAUCCACACCACGGAGAACUGGGCAGUUGCAAAAAGGGAGGAGAGAUAUUUUUGUACACGAGUAUAUGGUUAUCUCCCGGAUAUACAGCUAAGUGAAAAAAAAAGGAUGUUGAUGCUCAUGUAUUUAUGUAGGAGCAGAAGGUUAUAUUUUUACAAAUGGAAGAAUAAGCCAUAACAUUUGUUUAAAAUUAAAUUGCUACCUACAGGGACUAGGCAGAAAAGAGGUGAAGGGAGAGAGGGAUUGAAACUAGACUUCGGUGAACGUACUUUCGUUUGUAGCUUUGGCUUUGGAACCAGGUAAAUAUUUAUGCAAUUACUAAAUUAAAUUACAUUAUAUUUUAAAAAGGAUUCUUGAAAGCAAGGUGAAGACAAUUAAUUUGCAAGAUCAGUUGGUAGCAUAACCCUGCCAAAUUCUUCCAAGUGAGGACUCUGUGGGAGAGGGCGAGGGUGGGAUGAUUUGGGAGAAUGAUAUUGAAACAUGUAUAUUACCAUAUGUGAAAUAGGUCACCAGUUCAGGUUCAACACAUGAGACAGGGUGCUCGGGGCUGGUGCACUGGGAUGACCCAGAGGGAUGGGAUGGGGAGGGAAGAGGGAGGGGGGUUCAGGAUGGGGACACACGUACACCCGUGGUGGAUUCACGUCAAUGUAUGGCAAAAACCACUGCAAUAUUGUAAAGUAAGUAGGCUCCAAUUAAAAUAAAUGAAUUUAUAUUAAAAAAAAAUCCAGUAUUUCAAUUGUAUAUCCAUACAACCUGAAGACAAAGAGAAUGGCCAGAAUGUUCCACUGUCUAUAAACACUUUCCAAAUAUUUUAAAAACAUUGUUUUGCCUGUACAUCUGUGUCACUCAAUGACUUUUUUAAAAGUUCAUCUUAAAUUAUUUUCAGUAAACGUGUUGUUGAUAGUAGUGUGAGGUUUUUGAGACUGUUGUGCUAUGGGAUAAAGCAAGCGAAUAAUUGUGUCAGGCAUUGUUGAGACUUCUGCUGUAGGAUAAAGGUGUAUCAUCAAUAAAACUUAGUAAAAACCAAGCAGAUCUGGGGCUUCCCUGGUGGCCUAGUGGUAGAGUCCACCUGCCAAGGCAGGAGACAUGGGUUCAAUCCCUGAUCCGGGAGGACCCCAGGCGCCUCGGAGCAGCAGAGCCCGUGUGCUGCUCCCAUUGAGCCUGGUCUCUACAGCCAGGGAGCCACAACUGCUGAAGCCCAUGCACCCCAGAGCCCGUGCUCUGCAAAAACAAACCAUCGUAACAAGAAGCCCUUGCUCCAUACUGGAGAGCAGACCUGCGUACCACAGCUAGAGAAAAGCCCGUGCAGCUGUGACCACCCAGGACACCAAAAACAAACAAGGAAACAAAAAUCUACUGAAAAAAGAAAAAAAGCAAUUUGAGUGAAUCUGAGUGGAAAAAAGUGAAUUUGAGUGAAGAGUAUCAGUUUGUACUGGCACUGUGUCUUGUCUUAAAAGUAAAGCUUCUUGGUUCUGACUGCUGAUAAGGCUUCGAAACCAACAUGCCUAACAGCCAGAUUGUGGUCUCUAGCUAGCGUUUCUCAUGAAGAGGAAGGGGGCCCGCAGAGAGAAGUAGAUGCUUUUAGGUCUGGGUUGGGGAACAGAUAAGAUGCAUCCAGAACGGCUUUUCAUACCAGAGAGCAAAGCAGAUCAAGAUAGUUGCCAACAUCAAAGGGACUCGAGAGCCAAAGCAAGCUCAUUCCCAGUGGUCAAAGACAGGAUCAUCUAAUAUCCAUAAGGAGAAUAAUUUUUAACAGAUUGAAACACAGUGUUUACAUCCAUGAAUUUUCAACUAUACUUUAAAAAAAAAAGUUGCUUCAUGAAGUGGUCCUGCCAAACCCCCAAAAUCGCACCUGAACCUGAUCUAAGCUCUGAAGUUGGCCACCCAUGACAGGAGCUGCACUGGGCCCAGAACACAGUUGGCGACACCCCAGGGGUGCCCACGGUGAGCCCUGGUCUGGGGACUGCUCUACACGGCCAGGCCCUGAAGACAAAUGUCAAGAGGGGAGGUGAAAGGAGGUGGGGGAGUGUGGACUGGGAGUUUGGGGUUAGCAGGUGUAAACUCUUAUAAACAGCAAGGUCUUCCUGUAGGACACAGGGAACUAUUUUUGGUAUUCUGUGGUAAACCAUAAUGGAAAAGAAUAUGCAAAAGACUAUAUAUACAUAUAUAUGUAUACACACACACACAUACUGGGAAUGAUUGAGGGCAGGAGGAGAAGGGGAUGACAGAGGACGAGAUGGUUGGAUGGCAUCAUCAACUCAAUGGACAUGAGUUUCAGUUAACUCCCGGAGUUAGUGAUAGAGAGGGAGGCCUGGUGUGCUGCAGUCCGUGGGGGUCGCAAAGAGUCGGCCGUGACUUAGUGACUGAACAACAUGCAUACGUAUGUGUAUAUGCAUGACUGAAUCCCUUUCUGUGCAGCAGAAAUUAACACACAUUGUAAACCAGCUGUGAGAAAAAGAAGUGAAAAUAUUAGUCUCUCAGUGGUGUGUGAACCCUUUGCCACCUCAUGGACUGUAGCCCACCAGGCUUCUCUGUCCGUGGGAUUCUCCAGGCAAGAAUACUGGAGUGGGUAGCCAUGCCCUUCUCUAGGGGAUCUUCCCAUCCCAGAGAUCAAACCUGGGUCUCCUGCACUGCAGGCAGAUUCUUAACCGUCUAAGACACCAGGAAGCCCAAACUACACUUCAGUUUUUUUAAAAGAGGGGAGGUGAGGAGAUGGGGGACCCUCGGUGGUGCGCCCGGCAGGAGAGGAUGCAGACCUUGGGCCUGCCAAGCUGCCAGUGGCCAGGCAGUCCAGACGCUGAGUGAAGCACCAUGUUCACAAUCCAGCUUCUAUUUACUCAGGGCAAGGGCACAGGCAAGGGCGGGGAGGAAGCUCAGGACUUCUUGGAGCUCCACUCUGCCCCGUGGGACCACGGCUGAGUCUGACAACACAGGGGGCCUUCUCUACUGAGGACCCGCACCCCCCCCCUGCCCCCACCGUGUGGACCUGGGAGUGCGGGGCACUGAGGGGACAGGCUGAGACAGGAAGGAGAGUCGGGGCAGAAGCACCUCAACCAGGUCCCCCCAAGGAGGCCUCGAUGGCGAUGCCCGAUGUCCGGACUGGGAAGGCAGGGGCAUGAGGAGCACGGCCCCGCUGGGCAGGGCUGACUGCACUCUCUGAGAAGCUGGUGGGCGAGGCCUCGCCAUCACACACGGGAUUCGGGAUUCAGGCCUGCAGCCGGAACCCUCAGAUCCCAGUGCAUCCAGACAAGCAGUUUUAAAGGUGCACGCGACAGCGGAGAAUGUGAAGGCUGGCUGCUUGCCUGAUUCGGGGUGGUCAUGACCUCGAAGUGUGUAUCUCAAAGCCCUUGCUUUCAUUUAUGCUGAAGUUUUGGUAGAUGACCUGAUAUGAUAUCUGGUAUUUGUUUUAAAACCUCCCCACUGAUAGAGCAAGGGCAGAUAAAACUGUGAGCCAUUUGAUCACUGUUGAAGGUGGGGGUGACGGGCACUUGGAGUUCAUCAUAACCUUCUAUUAUGAAAAUAAUGUCUACUGGAGAUUUUCCAAAAUAAAAAGCUUUUAAAAAGAUGGCCAGCACCCCACGAAAAAUCCACAGACAGUAUGGAAAGUAUAUUUAGGACUUUUGACUCCAAAGUGGUGUGGGAGAUGGGGUUCUCUCAGAGGUCCUGAAAAGAUGAGAAAUCCCCGAGCGUCAGAGGCUUGAGGGGCCAAUGGCAGAGGGAAACCCUGGGCCAACCUGUGCCCGGGAGAGGACUCCUGCCCAACAGAGAGUGGACGGGCUGUCUGAGCAGGGGGGGGUGGGCAGGGCGGAUGGGGGAGCUGCACUUGGCUGACUUUCGGAUGUGGUUGGUGCAGUACAACCCCCACCACCUGUCCACAUGUGUGUGCGUGCACGUAUGCACACAACACAUGGACGCAUAUACAUAUGCAUACACCAAACACAGAGGCACAGUCACAGGUACACAUACGUGUAUGCACACAUCGGUAUACACGCACACACGCACGCAGACAUACUGCAGCUUGGAGCCAAUUCGUGGGCCCUACGCUCGCACCUGCUCGCCCUCACCCUGUGCCCUCACCUCCCGCCUGUCCUGGGACCCUCGCCGCUGGCCCCGUUUGCUCCCCUCCCUGCGUCUCCUGAGCCCCCUCUGGCAGGCACCAAGCCGAGCAGCCAGGCUCCUGCUCGAGGUCAGAGUCAGGCUGUGCAGUGCGGCAUGCUGGGGCUGCACUUCUAGGGAGUCAGUGAUGCAACGGGCAGAUUGUCAGAUUUCAGGGCUGCGGAAAGCCGGUGGGUUGGGUGGUGUUCUGAUUAGCCUCCGGGACAGUGUGGGGCCCGGGGAAUCUUGCUGCCUGGGGGCCGCUGGCUGCCCGAGCAGCUGCUGGAGCAGGAGGGAGAGGACUCGGGGGACCAGUCCCCAGGGAAGCCCUGCAGGCCAAGAGCACGGGCCCCUCGUCCUCCCUGGUCCUGCAAUGCACCCCCGCGCUUCACCCUCUGGAGAAGACUGGUCUGGGUCUGCUCACUGCCUGCCUGCCCCCACCCCGGGGUGCAGCUGUCUGCAGGGCCCGGCUAGAGGAUAUACCGUGCCUCAAGCCCACCAGGCCAAGUUCUCCCGAAAGACAUCCACACGCACAGUGUCUGCCUCCUCAAUUCCUCUGCCUCCACCACCGUGUGGGACCCCUGGACCAGGGGACCCUCCACGGUCAGCAUCCAGAAACAUCCUCCUGAGGGCCUCUGGCUGCCGUGCCACAGACCCCUGCAGACACCUAACACACCACCUUACUCCACCUCCCAGCAGCAUUUGGCAGAGCUGAACCAUCCCUAGUUCUUUAUUUUAAAAGUGUUUUGAUACAACAUGGACCAGAUCUAAAUGCACAUGAGGUACACAUGCGCAGGUAAGGAGGAGGUCCUCAGACGACCUUCGAGGCCCCCUGCGCACAGCCCAGACUCAGGACCGUCUGGAGGCAGCGCCUGGGGGUACUUGCUAGGCCGCUUUCCCUCUGUGAUGGCACACGUGCCUUGUUUUGCUCCUCCUAUCUGGCCUUUCCUCUCACACCCCUGUUGUUCUCCAUGUGGGUCCCUAACUUGGUUCACUGGGGCUUGGUCCUUGGUCCUUGGGCUGAGUUUCACUGGGGCCUUUUCUCACCUGAUCACACACUCUUCAUAACAGAUUCACCCAGUCCUAUUGACUCAAGAAUCAGCCCAUGCCCAUGACCCUGCUGCCAGCUCCAGCUCAGACCUCUGGACUACACAUGGACUGCCCACCAGGCAUCUUCUCUUGGAUAUAUAACAAGCAAUUUAAGUGCAACUUGACCAAAACUGACCACAUCAUCAAGCCCCUUCAUCACUCCCCGACACUGUAAUCUUCCUUCAAAUUUCCCUGUCUCAGAAAAUGAACCAAAACUGACUAUAUCAUCAAGCCCCUUCAUCACUAGCCGACACUGUAAUCUUCCUUCAAAGUUCCCUAUCUCAGAAAAUGAACCAAAACUGAUCACAUCUUCAAGCCCCUUUGUAACCCCCACACUGUAAUCUUCCUUCAGAGUUCCCUAUGUCAGAGAAUGAUCCCUCUUGUUGCCCAGGCCAGAUACUUGAGUGUCAUUUUUAACACACAAAUUUCCCCUCUCUCUUACAUCCAAUCAGUCAUCAGUAAGUUAAAUGUGCAUAUUGAAAGCCCAAUAGAAACCACUGAAAAGAUAAAGCAAAGAGGUAUAAUAAAUAAAACAACAGAGGAGAUAAAUGGAAUAUAAAACAAAGUAUUCCAGUUAAUCCAAAAGUGAGAGGAAAAGGAGCAAAGAAUAGAUGAGAUAAAUAGAAAACAGCAAGAUGGUAGAUUUAACCCAAACAUAUCAGCAAUUACAUUAAAUAUAACUGGUCUAAAAUGCUUCAAGUAAAACGCAAAGAUUAUCAAACUGGAUUUAAAAAGCAAGAAGUGAAAAUACACUGUGUAAAUGAUAUACACUUUACAAAAAGACAGAUUAAAAUUAAAAAAUGAUAACAAAGUGAAAGGAUGGAAAAGAGAAAAUGAAACACUAACCAUAAGAAUCACAAGGGCUUCCCUUGUGGCUCAGCUGGUAAAAAAUCUGCCUGCAAUGCGGGAGACCUGGGUUCCACCCCUGGGUUGGGAAGAUCCCCUGGAGAAGGGAAAGGCUACCCACUCCAGUGUUCUAGCCUGGAGAACUCCAUGGACUGUAUAGUCCCUGGGCUCACAAAGAGCCGGACACGACUGAGUGACUUUCACUUUCACUGUCACUAAUCAUAACAAAUUUGGGUGGGGUGUAUUGAUAUCUGUGUGUAUUAGCUACUCAGUCAUGUUCAGCUCUUUGCGACCCCAUGGACUGUAGCCUGCCAGGCUCCUCUGUCCAUGGAAUUCUCCAGGCAAGAAUACUGGAAAUGGGUUGCCAUUCCCUUCUCCAAUAUUGAUCUCUAAGUAAACUUUAAUACAGGGAAUCUUACUGGAGAUAAAAGGUGAAGCUUCAUAAUAAUAAAAAGAUCAACUCAGAAGAAUAAGUAGACAAAUCCACAAUUAUAGUAAGCUAUUCCAACACUCCUUUCUCAGCAACUAAGAAAAAAUUAUUAAGAGCAUGGUAUAUUUGAACAGUGUGAAUCAACUUGCACACACAAAUGUCCAUAGAGCAGCAUAUCCAUCAAGAGCAGAAUACAUAUUCUUUUCAAGUGCACAUGAACAGCCUCAAAAUAGGCCAUGUGCUGGGCCACAAAGCAAGUCUCAUUACAGUUAAGAGGAUUUAAAUCAUAUGUAAUAUGUCCUUCAAGUGCAACACAACUAAAUGAGAAAUAAGCAACAAAAGACUAAGCUACCCAAAGAAUGCCCAAAUAUUUGGAAAUUAAAUAACAUAACUAUAAUAAAUUCAAGGGCUAAAUAAGUAAUCAAAGGGAAAUGAGAAAAUCUUUUGAACUAAUUAAUAAUGAAAACACAACUUUUCAAUAUCUGUGAGAUAAAGCUAAUUCAGAGUUUAGAGAAAAAUUUGUAGCUUUAAGUGAUUAUACUAAAGGAGAAAAGGCCAAAAAUCACUAAUCUAAGACUUUUCUUUAGGAAGCAAACAACAACAAACUAACCCAAGUAAGAAGAAAGGAAAUAAGAAAAGGUAAAAAUUUAAUAUAAUAGAAAAAUAACAACAGAGAAAAAUCAGUAACACGGAAGUUAGUUCUUUGAAAAGAUCAAUGAUAAAGUUGAUAAACCUCUGGCUAAACUGAUCAAGGAAAAAAGUCCAUAAAUGACUAAUGUCAAGCAUGAAGAUUUGCAGCCAGUUGAGUCAAUGGUGCUCUUUUCCCCAUGGUUGGGGGGCGGGGGUUGCUGUGUGCUGCUUGCAAACGACAGCCUUCUGGGUAGGCUAUGCAGCCUGCUGCCUGUUCAGCUUGCUCUAAGGGACCUGGGACAUUCAUGACUGGCAUGCUGUCCCCAUUCUAGGCUCCAGACAGGUAUACGCAGUGCCUUUGGAAGCUCCAGGGCACAGUGGCCAGGAUCCACAUUGGCCAAGUUACAAUGUCCAUCUGCACCAAGAUAUAGAACAAGGAGUGUGUAAUUGAAGCCCUCCAGAGGGCCAAGUUCCAGUUUCUUCUGCCGAAAGGUCCACAUCUCCAAGGAAUAGGUAUUUACUAAGUUUAAUGUGGAUGAAUUUGAAGACAUGGUGGCAGAAAAGCGGCUCAUCUUAGGUGACUAUGGGGUCAAAGAAUCCCCAGUCAUGGCUCCUGGGACAAAUGGUGGGCCCUGCACUCAUGAGAGUCUUGGCUCUGUCCCUUCCUUACUCACGCCCACCAGUAAACCAACUCUCCUGUCCAAAACAAAAGAAUGAAGGAGGACAUUCCACUUAGAUCUACAGACAUUAGAGUAAUAAAGGAAAGUUACUAGUAACUUUAUGCAAAGACAUUUGACAGCUCAGUCGAAAAUCACAAAUUUCUUGAAUGUCACAACUUGCCAGAAUUUGUACAAGAAAUAAAAAUUUUGAAUAGCUUAUAUCUAUUAAAGUUGUUGAAUUCAUAGUUAAAAACCUAACUAAGAAAGCUCCUGACCCAGAUGGUGUCACUGGGGAAUUCUAUCAAACACUUACCAAUGAAAUACUGGCAAUCUUAACCACUUGCUGAAAAUAAAUAAGGAUGAAUACUUCCCAACUCAUUUUCAUAGUCAAGUUUUACCCUCAUACUAAAACUAGACAAAGACUGGGACUUCCUUGGUGGUCCAGCGGUUAAGACUCUGUGUUCCAAUGUAGGGGACCUGGGUUUGAUUCCUGGUCAGGGAACUAGGUCCCACAUGCCACAACUAGAAAUCCCAUGUGCCACCAGUAAGACCCAGUGCAGCCAGAUACAGAGAUAAAUAUUUUUCUAGAAAAAUUAGACAAAGAUACUAUUACAAGAAAACUAUAGACCAAUAUCAUGCCUGAACAUAGACACAAAAAUCCUUAAUAAAAUGUUAGCUUGGGACUUCCCUGGUGGUCCAGUGGUUAAGAAUUCACCUUCCAAUGCAGUGGACUCGGGUUCAAUCCCUGGCUGGUGAGGUAGAGCCCAAGUGCUUUGGGGCAACUAAGCCCACGAAUCACGACUAGAGAAGCCUGUGUACUGCAACGAAGAACCAGCACGGCCAAAACACAAGAAUUAGCUGAUUGAAUCCACCAGUACAGAAAACAAAUAACCCACCAUGAACAAGUAUCCCAGGAGCACAAAGCUUAUUCUAACAUGAGAAUGUCAAUCUUUGUAAUUCACUAUAUUAAUGAAAUAAAAGAGAACAUAUAAUUUUCUCAAUAGAAGCAAAAAAAAUUAUUCUACAAAAUUCAACACUCAUUUAUGAUAGAAACUGUCAGUAAAGUAGGAAUGCAAACCAGAAUGCUCAGAACUACAAAACAUUUUUGAGAGAAAUAAAGAUCUCAGAAAUGGAGAGCUACACCAUGCUCCUGGAUUGGAGGGUCCCAGUUCUCCUUGUGGGCUUCCUGGUGGCUCAGAUGGUAAAGCGUCUGUCUGCAAUGCUGGAGACCUGGGUUCGAUCCCUGGGUUG